AUGGAGUAUCUACACGUUGAUUCAAAUCCAGCGGGGAAAAGUGAAUUAACCUUAUUCACAGUUCCGUCAACACAGGUAACAAUAGAAUCAAGCUAUGAAACUGAGUACAGACCAUCAGCAAGUUUAGAGAGUAGCCUUGUCUAUGAGAUCGCUGUACCUCCAUCUGAAGACAUGACGGAUAUGGCCGCGACAAUGUUGCACAUUAAGGUUCAAGUGAUCGAUUCAACAAAUGAGCCAACCAAAAACGCAGUUAAAGCAAUGAUGGCUCGAAAUUUUGGAAAUGCACUAUUUGAACAAGUAGAUUUAUUUCUCAAUGGUGUAAACCUUUGUCAAGCAUCAAACAUGUAUCACUAUCAAGCCUUUCUUGAAGAUCUUUUGUAUAAAUUCCCGAACCCUGUUGACACUGGUAACCUAUCAAAGAAAGAACCUCAAUUUGUAGUUGCAUCUCGAACCUAUGACCUAUUUUUCCGUUUACAUUUACCUAUUUGUCAACAAGAUCGACUAAUGGUUAACGGCAUUCCGAUGGUUUUCAAAUUAACCAGGAGCCCAUUAACAUUUCCAGUUUGGGCAACAACUGAAGCUGACACAGAAACGUAUAAAACUAAAAUAACAAGUCUAUCACUAUUCAUUAGACGAGUUAAACUUUUCCCUGAUGCACAAGCCGGAUUAAUCACCACAUUAAACAAAGUUCCAGCUAAGUAUUUUAUCAUAAGAAAUGAAAUGAAAAACUUUACUAUAACAAAAGAUAUAAACAUGAUAACGGUAGAAAAUUUAUUCAAUGGAUUUUUACCAAAACGUAUAAUUUUGGGUUUUGUCAAUGAAGAUGCAUUUUCUGGUGAUAGACAAGCAAAUCCAUUUAAUUUCGACAACUUUUCAGUUUCCCAUUUAGCAUUAAAUGUUGAUGGUAAUCAUGUACCAACAGUUCCUUAUCAACCCGAUUUUGAAGGAAACCUUUAUAUGAGAGAAUUUGUAAAUUUAUACAGGUACACUGGUCAAGACGAUGGAAUUCCACAAUGUGAUAUUGAUUAUGACAAGUAUAAGUCAAUGUACUGUUUAUUUGCUUUUGACUUGAGUAGUGAUGGUACAUUAGGUGGUGAGACGGGGACUCUUAAUUUACUCCGACGAGGGUCUAUAAGGUGGUCACAUUGGGUAUCGGUGUAUAUAAGUAAAAACCGUAAAGGUAUUUACUUUGACUCUUUUGGACGUCAACCACCACCAGAAAUUUUAUCAUUCAUACUGAAAAACACCUCUUUCUAUGAAAUAUCUAAAUCAAAAUACCAGGGUGAUGAUUCCUCAGCCUGUGGUUAUUAUUGUUUACUAUUUGUCCUCAUGUCAAACAAAAAAUCUUUUUUCGAUUUACUCAAACAUUGUAAUCAUUCAAACAAUGAAUAUUUGAUUUACAAAAAACUCCUAACGCUAAUUAAAUAA